AUGAAUAAAGGAAAGAAUGUCUACACGACAGUUGAGCAUUGGAGGUAUUUAACCGGUGAAUCAUUAGCGUCUACAUAUUUUGGAUAUUCAUUAGCAAUACAAUCAAAUUUAGAACGACCGAGUUUAAUUGUGGGAUCGCCAAGAGAACAUAUCUACAACGAUGAUUAUUAUUAUUCGAUACGCAGACGUGGUGCAGUUUAUGAAUGUGCAUUGGGAACACAAGAUUGUAGAAGACUACAGUUUCCGCUAUUUGGCAAUGAAGUCAUUCGAUUAAAAACUAGUACUGAUAAUAAAACUGAUCAAUGGUUUGGUGCAUCAGUGGCUGCAGAUCGAAGAAAUAUCAUUGUUGGUGCACCUCAUUUAAAACAUGCUAUUAGUGAUGCAACAGCUGAAAAUGGUAUUCAUUACGACAUUCCUGGUACAUGUUGGAAAGGAAAAAAUAUGUGGUCAUCAAUUACGGCAAAUAGUACUCGAAUAUAUUCGCCUGAUUUGCGCGAUUUUCAUAAAGAAGGUUAUGGUUUAUUUGGUUUUCAAGUGGCACUAAGCAAGAAACCUGAAAGAAUUGUGAUAACAGCGCCUGGCUCGUAUUAUUUUCGAGUGAAACUGAAUAAUAUUCAAAUAUUUUCAGGUCAAGUUCAUUCAAUUCCAUUAUUCAAUGAAAAUUGGUUAGAAUCAACACACGCAUUCCCAUCACCCCAUUAUCCAUUUCUUAAUGUUAAUUGGUUAAAAUAUCCAAAAAACUAUUCAUUUAAUGAAUAUGAUGAUUGGUGUUAUCGAGGUUACGCAUUGGCAUUAGGCAAUUUUAACGAUGAUGACGAUCAAGAAAUCGUGACAAGUAUACCAAGAUUAAAUGGAUAUCAAGGAGCCAUUGAAAUUCUCAGCAGCAAUCUUAAUGAAAGUUCGAUACAAUCAAUCAACGGUUCACAAGUUGGAGCCUAUUUUGGCGCUUCACUAUGUGUUAUGGAUGUCAACAAUGAUGGAUUAGAUGAUUUACUUGUCGGUGCACCAUUAUACACAAUCAGAAAAGAUGGUAGAAUUUUAUCGGAUGCGGGUAGAGUGAAGGUGUAUUAUCAAAAUAAACAACAUGAACUGAUACUCGGAACACCGUUAGAUGGUACAAAAAAGGGUGGUCGAUUUGGUCAUGCAAUAGCGAAAUUGGGUGAUAUAAACAAAGAUGGUUAUGAAGAUGUUGCAAUAUCGGCGCCAUUUGCUGAUGGAGGACAAUCUGGAGAAGUUUAUAUUUACCAUGGUUCUAAAACAGGUUUAUCAAUAAUACCAGCUCAGAUUCUCAAACCUGAUAAAUUAUUGCGUGCAUUUGGUUGGGCAUUACAAAGUCAAUUUGAUGAUGAUCAAAAUGGUUAUCCAGAUUUAGCAAUUAGUAGUGCUAAAAAUGAUACCGUUGUUAUUGUUCGUUCAAGACCAAUCAUUUAUGUUAGAGCAAUGAUGAGUCACAAACCACAGAGUGUGCGUUUAAAUUGUACAUCGGAUACAUAUGACAAUUGGUAUGGAUGCUACUAUCUUUUUCAAUAUUGGCGAAAUUUUUCUUAUGUCUUACAAUUAGAUAUUCAUAAAAGUAAACGUGAAAAACGUCUAUAUUUCAAGGAAAAAAUGAGCCGUUGGACACGUUUAAAAAAUCGAACAAAAACUAUUCAUAAUUUAAAGCUAAAUGAUCCAGAAAAAUGUACAAAUUAUGAAUUAUACAUGAAAGAUGAUAUUGGAGAUAAAUUAAAACCAAUUAUUGUUCGUCUAAACUAUAGUCUUGUGACAACGACAUCAGUACACAAUAUUGUUCCACCAAUAUUAGAUGCAAAACCAUCAUUCAUUGAUCAUGAGAUACUUAUACAAAAAGAUUGUGGAACAGAUGAUGUAUGCAUUCCAAAUUUACAUUUAACCACGACAAGUUUUCCAAAUGAGUAUAAAGUGGGUAUAUCGAAUAAAAUUAUUUUAAAUAUUUUUGUUAAAAACUUUGGUGAAGAUGCCUAUGAUGCCAAGUGUGUAAUUAAAUUGCCAAAAAGUGUCAGUUAUGUAUCAUUUCAAAUAUUUGCUGAAUUAAAAGCAUUUACUGAUCUUCUAGAUAAAUUAGUGUUUCAUAUCAAUGUUACCAGUGAAAAUCCGGACACUAUUAAUGAUGAUAAUUAUAAUCAAAUUAGAAUGCCAAUAUCAGCUUCACCGGAAAUUGCUCUUAUAGGUGUGGCUAAACCAGAACAAAUUCAACCGUAUCCAGUGUCUAUAACAUCGGAUAAUUCAAAACAAAUAAAAAUUUCUAAUUUAGACAUUGUUCAUAUCUACACUUUACAUAACAAAGGUCCGGGCAAUUCAAAACGAACUGAAUUUAAGUUGACAUGGCCCGUAUCAACAUUAGUACACGACCAUCUAUUAUAUGACAUCGAACAGCCAAAUAUAACAAGACCAAAUGAGCCACAAACAAUGGAUGAUUAUUGUGUAGUUGGAGAUUCAUUUUUUAUGCACAAAAACGUACGUUAG